AUGUCCUCCGUGAACGGGACUUCAGGUUUGAAUGGCCACACAACGUACUCGCCCGAGAAUAAAUACAAGCUUCCGAGCUUUUGUAUCGAUGAAGCUCGUCCAAUGAAGGUCGUCAUUAUCGGAGCAGGAUACAGCGGAAUCGUCGCUGGAAUUCGGUUCCUUCAAAGGGUUAAGAACUUAGAACUCACUAUAUACGAGGCCAAUGCAGGAAUUGGGGGUACGUGGUUCGUAAACCGAUAUCCAGGCCUUGCGUGUGAUAUCCCUUCCCACUGUUACCAGCUCACGUUCGCUGAGAAUCCCGACUGGUCCUCUUUCUACGCUCCCGGUCCCGAAAUCCAGGCCUAUCUUGAGUCCGUAGUAGAAAAAUUCCACUUGGGACCCUACAUCAAGCUCCAACACCGUCUCACCCGUACGCAAUACGACGAGAAAACAGGAAAAUGGCAUUUGACCAUCAAAAGAGCCACUGCUAGCACAGAUAGCAGCAAUCCGCAAAUCCGCCAAGGGACUACACAGGAUGGAUACGAAGAUAUAGAGGUCACCGCCGACGUUCUGUUCACCGGAAUCGGUAGCCUCAGCAGGUGGCAGUGGCCGGAAAUCGAAGGAUUGGAAACGUUCCAAGGAAAGGUGAUCCACAGCGCACAAUGGGAAACGGGAGAGGGAGAUUCAGGAGCGAAAACGAAGUGGGAAGAUACUGUGAAGAGCUGGGGCGAGAAGAAGAUCGGUGUGAUCGGUGUAGGAUCUUCAGCGAUUCAAAUCGUACCCGCACUCCAGCCGAGGGUAAAGACAAUUUCGAACUUCGUACGAGGCAAAACUUGGGUGAGUGCAAGUUUUGUCCGAGAACACCUUGUCACUCUCGCGAACGGAGACGAAAGUGUGGACAAUUACACCUUCACGGACAAGGACAAGAAGAAAUUCAGGGACAAGGAAUAUUACCGGGAAUUCCGGCGAGGUCUUGAGUCAGAUCUCAAUGGGGCGCACCUAGCGACGCUGCGAGGUAAUCCUCUGCAGCAAGGAGCUCGGGAAAUCUUUGAAAAGAUCAUGAGACAGAAAUUGUCAAAGAAACCAUGGAUCGCGGAGCAUUUAAUACCGGAUUUUUCUGUUGCUUGUCGUCGACUGACACCGGGCCCUGGUUAUCUCGAGUCUUUGUGCGAGGAGAAUGUUGAAUUUGUUCCAGAAAAUAUCAAACGAAUAACGCCCACAGGGAUAGAAACGGUCGAUGACAAGCAUAGAGACUUGGAUGUCAUCGUUUGUGCGACAGGCUUCGACACCUCCUACAAGCUGCCUUUUACAUUCAUAGGCAGAAAUGGCAUUGAGCUGAAUAAACAAUUCGAGCCCCAUCCACGAACAUAUCUAGGCAUAGCCGUGGAUGGAUUUCCCAAUUGGUUUUCAGCUCUAGGUCCAAACACGGGAGUUGGAGCAGGUUCGCUGUUAAUCAUCAUCGAACGGCAAGUAGAUUAUGCUGUGGCGGCAACUCUGAAGCUACAGCGAGAGCGAUUGAAGAGCAUUGAAGUAAAGAAGGAAGCUGUGGAUGAUUUUGAUGCAUAUCUCGAGAGCUUUUUUCCAACAAGUGUCUUUGGCGAAAAAUGUCGGUCGUGGUACAAGGUCGGAAAGGAGGAGGGGAGAGUCGUGUCUCUUUGGCCAGGAUCAUGUCUGCAUUGCAUCAAAGCAUUAGAACACCCACGAUGGGAAGACUACGACUAUGAACCGUUAGAUCCCGACAAUAAUAGAUUUUUCUGGUUGGGGAACGGCAACACUUUGGCCGACAAGAUACCCGGAAGCGAUCGAUCAUGGUAUUUAAGUCCAGAAGAGGUUGAUAUACCAGGAUUAUACUAA